GGUCGCGCGGUGCAUCACGGUGCUUGUAGUCCAAUCUUCCCAGGCGGCCCGUGGCGCAGCGGCGUGUGGGGACUACAUUUCCCAGCGACCGCGGCGCCAAGAGCGGAACCGGGAAGCGCGAAGAUGGCGGUGGAUAAGGAGCUGCUGGAGCGGGACCUCUACGGGCUGCUGGGAAUCGGCGAAAAGGCGUCCGAGAAGGAGGUGAAGACAGCGUUCCGGCAGAAGGCCCUGACCUGCCACCCUGACAAGAACCCGGACAACCCCCGGGCAGCGGAAAUCUUCCACCAGCUGUCCCAGGCCUUGGCCGUGCUCACAGAUGCAGCAGCCAGGGCAGCCUAUGACAGGGUGAGGAGGGCGAAGAAGGAGGCUGCAGCAAGGACACAGAAACUCGAUGAGAAGAGGAAGAAAGUAAAGCUUGAUCUUGAAGCCAGAGAACGAGAAGCCCAGUCCCAGGAGAAUGAAGAGGAGGAGAUCAGGAUAACAAGAUCAUUAGAGGAAGAAAUAAUCCGCCUGCGUGAGGAGGGCUCCCGGCAGCUGGAGGAGCAGCAGAGGCUCAUCAGGGAGCAAAUCCGCCGGGAAAGGGAGCAGCACAGCCAAGGCAAGCAGGAAAGAGAUGGAGCAGAAGGCAAAAUAACUCCUAAGCUCAAGCUCAGGUGGAAAUGCAGGAAGGAAGAUGAGACAGGAGGGGGAUACUCCAAAGAUGUGCUGCUGCAGAUCCUGCAAAAGUAUGGUGAUGUGCUCAAUUUGUUGAUCUCCAGCAGGAAGACUGGGAGUGCAGUGGUGGAAUUUGCCACGGUGAAGGCAGCCGAGAUGGCUGUGAAGAAUGAAGUUGGCCUGCUAAAUAACCCGCUGAAGAUUUCCUGGCUGGAGGGCCAGCCCCAGAGCCGCCCCAGCACCGUCCUCCCUGACAGCACCAGCCAGCCCAGGACCUCACAGGCAUCCGUGGUGUCAGAGCGGGACUACGAGAGCCUGGUGAUGAUGAGGAUGCGCCAGGCAGCCGAGAGGCAGCAGCUCAUCCAGCAGCUCCAGCGGGAAGAAGAGGAGGAAAAGUCCCACACUUAGCACAAAGAAUAUGGAUUCUCCUCACCCCUCCAUGCCCCCCGGAGCUGUUUCUUAAUUUAAGUCAAUAAACCUCCUUUUUUUA